UGGGAGAAGAAGGAGAGGGGCGGAGAGGCUAGCAUGUGCAUCUGUGUGUGUGUGUGUGUGUGUGUGUAUGUGUGAGGUAGGGGGUGUGGUGGGGGUGCAGCGGGUGGCGUUUCGUAAGUGUGACGUGUAAUAUAAGACCUCCAGACGCCGGGCCUUCCCUUCCCUUCCCUCUACCACACCACCACCACCUCCACUUCCACCACUCACCUCACGCAGACGCCGCCAUUAGAGCGCUGCCCGAGCCGGCUAAGUGCUUUCCAGUGUCACUCGCACAGGAAGAACUCGAGGAGCAAACCGAGGCAAGCUGGAGUUCGCGCGGUACCAGCUCUUCAAAUUCUGCUGGCACUGUGGCACUGAACUCACCACCGUCCAGCCAGGCGCUUGUCCCUCGCCAGCAGAAGCCACCGACGCCUCACGCCACCACUACCACCUCCACAACCAUCACCUCAGCCACCAGCCCGUCGACAUGAAGGCCGCCGAAGUGAGCAGGGAGAGAUUUGCCAUCAACAAGUCUUACAGCAUUGAGAAUGGCUACCCCGCCCGCCGUCGCUCCUUGGUGGACGAUGCCAAGUUCGAGUCCACCAUCAACAAGCAGCGGCAGCAGUCCUGGAUCGAGGAGGCCCAGCGACUGUCCCGCGACGGGGACGUGAGUGAGGAGGAGGUGUUCUUGGUGCAGAGUCCUGGAGAGCCUGAUGCUCCGCUGACGGUGGCGCUGGUGGUGUCUCUGCUGGAUGGCAUCUCUGCCCUGCCCCGCGUGAUCAAGACGAUUGAGAACUUUAAGGGCACGGUGGUACAUGUGGAGAGUCGCCCGGCGUCCCACAAAGGGCUAGCCUUCGACGUGCUCUUCCGCAUCGAUAUCAUGAGGGAGCCUUUGUUGAGUCUCUUGAAGAGCCUUCGUCAGGGGGCUUCCAUCGCCUCCGUCAAACUCCUCUCUGAGCACCAAUCCUCCAUCAAGGAGCCGUGGUUCCCCAAACACAUCAGCGAGCUGGACAUGUGCAAUCACCUCAUGACCAAGUAUGAGCCUGAUCUGGACAUGGACCACCCGGGCUUCGCAGACCAGGAGUACCGCGCGAGGAGGAAGCAGAUCGCAGACAUCGCCUUCGCCUACACCUACGGUGAGCCCAUCCCUCGCGUGGAGUACCGGCCUGAGGAGAUAGAGACAUGGGGCGCUGUGUUCCGAGAGCUGGAUCGCCUGGUGCCCACCCACGCCUGCCGCCAGUACCGCGAGGUGUGGGACAUCCUGAAGAGGGAGUGUGGGUACUGCCCUGAAUCCAUCCCGCAGCUGGAGGACGUGUCACGCUUCAUGAAGAAGCGCACUGGGUUCAGUCUGAGACCCGCCGCUGGCCUUCUGACGGCGAGGGACUUCCUGGCUUCCCUCGCCUUCAGGGUGUUCCAAUGCACGCAGUACAUUCGCCACCACUCGUCACCUCACCACUCCCCCGAGCCAGACGCCAUCCAUGAGCUGCUGGGCCACGCACCUCUCCUCGCCCAUCCUGCCUUCGCCCAAUUCUCUCAGGAGCUUGGGCUGGCCUCUCUGGGCGCUUCGGACGAAGAGAUAGAAAAGUUCGCCACGAUGUACUGGUUCACGGUGGAGUUUGGACUGUGCCGAGAGCAGGGCGAGAUACGGGCGUGGGGCGCAGGUCUCCUCAGCAGCUUCGGCGAACUACAGCACUCUUUGUCUAAUAAGCCCGAUCACCGCGACUUUGAGCCUUCCCUGACCGCUGUGCAGCCUUACCAGGACCAGGACUACCAGGACGUGUACUUCGUGGCUGAGGGAGUGGAGGACGCAAUGGAAAAGUUCAGGCAAUGGACGUUUAAGACGCUCUCGCGGCCCUAUGAGGUGCACUACGACCCCUUCAGCCAGACCAUAAUGGUGCUGGACUCCGUGCACAAGCUGGAGGGGCUGGCCGCGUGCCUGUCCCUGGAGGUGCUCAGGCUCAACAACGCCGUGGCCAAGAUGAAGUUUUGAACACCACGAGGGAGACUGGCUAAGGUGACGGCCAGCGUGAGGCGCCGUGAUGCAUGAGUAGAGGCUUGUUUUGGCUUACUAACUGCCCCUAACAACACUCAAUGGUUAGAUAUUAACUCCAAUACAAACUAACCAACCCUUACAGUGUUUUCAGCCUUUAGACAUAAACGCUUACCGAAGCGAACUUAGGAGCAAACUCACCAGGAAAGGGGUUCAAUGUCAAGAGUAGGCAUGCAUUUUUUUUCUUGUAUGUUGUUGCUUAGGGGGACAGCAUAUUCGCUGCUUUUUACCAUUAAUUUAUUUUUUUUUUGAGGGGGGGGGAUAAUAAGGAUGGAUACAUGGAUGGUUCCUAACACAAUUUCCUCAGUGGUUUAAUAUUCAGAACGAAUGCCGUUGGAAGCUUGGAAGUAAUGAUGAAGACCAAGAAUUUGCAAAUAAUAGGGUUUAUUAGUAGCAAAAAUCCAAAGCAGAAAAGCUGUUAGGAUGGAUCCAAGAUUUUAUUUAGGUGUUGCCGAAGUACGAAUUUAUUUUCGUAUUUACGACAAGAAUAAAUAUCUGAUGUACAUUAAUCUUAAAAGAUACACAGGUGCACUGUAUGUUGAGCAUAUGCGUAUAGCCACCCUGCUGCACAUCUGGCUGUGUUUGCUAGUGACAGACGGUGACAUCCUGUGAGUUGCAAGAAGUACUGUAUACUCUUGUGUGAAGUGUGCUUUUUUUUUUUUGCUUCUCUUUUUUUUUUUUUUUUUUUUUUUUUUUUUUUGUGAUGCCUUUCUCUCAUCUUAAGUCAUAAGUCAGAACAUGCUCAUCUUACUACUCAGAAGUUAAUGAAUAAUGAAAAGUUACUUAGAAUGUUAAGAAAAUAGGUGUUGCCAAGGCUUGCCAAGGCUUGGAUCAGCCACUGUGUAGGUAUGAAACUUUUUUUUUUUUUAAGAAAGUAAUAAUGUAUAGAAUUAUUGCCAUAAGACUGCAUAAGACCAUGAGAUUAGAAUAAGUGGCAGGUAAAUCUUGAGACUAGCAAUAUUUGUGUGUGUGUAUA